AUGUGGGGCCUCACAGCAGGCAUGGUGAUCGGCAUGACAGCACCAACUUCCUGCUUCAUUGUUGUGAUGGCUGGGGUCACCUUAGAUAAGAAACCGCCGCCAGUGGACAAGAUGAAAGAACACAGGGGCUGGGACCUCAAAGGCUUACUGAAGAGGAACUGGUUGCUGAUUGCGACCAUUGUGUCAGUGCUGUUAGGGAUAGGCCUUGGGGUGUUGGUUAGGGACUAUGCUUCCCUUUCCCACCUUGAUAAGCAGUAUUUUGGAUUCCCGGGAGAUAUCCUGAUGCGGAUGCUCAAGCUGGUCAUCCUGCCCCUCAUCAUCUCCAGCAUGAUAACAGGAGUGGCCGCCCUGGAUUCGGAUGUUUCCGGAAAGAUAGGUUUGAGGGCUGUGGUUUAUUACUUAACCACCACCAUCAUUGCAGUCAUUUUGGGUAUUGCAUUGGUGAUAGCCAUCAAACCUGGUGUCUCUCAGAAGGCAGAAAACAUCGACAGGACAGAGAACACACAAAACGUCAACACUGUCGACACACUACUGGAUCUUGUCAGAAACAUGUUUCCUGAAAACAUAGUGCAGGCUUGUUUCCAACAGUACAAGACAACGCGCAAAGAGUUGGAACCCUCUAAAGUGAAGAGGAACACUACAACCACAAUGUUCCCUCCUCUCUCUACCACUGUCAUGGCAACCAUUUUCCCCCCAGAGAACAUCACCAAGGACUAUAUAAUAGUCGGGUCAUAUUCUGAUGGGCUCAACGUGCUGGGCCUCAUCGUGUUCUGUGUGGCGUUUGGCCUCGUCAUUGGCAAGAUGGGUGAAAGGGGACGCAUUCUGCUGGAGUUCUUUGAUGCUUUAAACGAGGCCACCAUGAGGCUAGUUCAGAUUAUCAUGUGCUAUAUGCCAGUGGGAAUACUCUUCCUCAUCGCUGCCAAGAUCAUCGAGGUAGAAGACUGGGAGAUCUUCAGGAAGUUGGGAAUGUACAUGGUGACAGUUUUGAGUGGCCUAGCUAUCCACGCUACUGUUUUUUUGCCGCUGAUCUACUUUGUCAUUGUGAGGAAGAACCCGUAUACCUUUGCCUUGGGGAUGGCUCAGGCACUGGUCACUGCUCUCAUGAUCUCUUCCAGCUCUGCCACCCUGCCUGUCACCUUCCGCUGUGCCGAAGAGAACCUCCGGAUCGACAAGAGGAUCACCCGCUUCGUGUUGCCCGUGGGCGCCACCAUCAACAUGGACGGUACAGCUCUCUACGAGGCGGUCGCUGCCAUCUUCAUUGCCCAGCUCAACGACUAUGCUCUUGACGUGGGUCAGAUUGUCACCAUCAGUGUAACAGCAACAGUAGCCAGCAUCGGAGCCGCCGGUGUACCUAACGCUGGUUUUGUUACCAUGGUGAUUGUGCUGACUGCGGUUGGACUACCGGCAAAUGAUGUCACUUUAAUUAUUGCUGUGGAUUGGCUGCUAGACCGCUUCCGCACCAUGAUCAACGUGCUGGGAGAUGCCUACGGAGCUGGCAUCGUUCAGAAGCUGUCCAGGCGGGAGCUGGAUAGGAUGGACGGCACCUCGGACGUGACUAACCCCUUCGCCCUGGGGACCACGCUGGACAACGAGGAGUGUGAGAAGAAGUCCUACGUCAACGGCGGCUUCACCGUCGACAAAACUGACGCCAUCUCCUUCACUGAGACCUCCCAGUUUUAGGAGGAAGGGGGGAAGCAAAGAAGUGCCAAUGCUGCUAGAUGUUUAGCCUGGUUCUGUUUGUAGCCUGGUUCUAGAUCUGUGACCAACAUUUCCUGUUGAUGCAGGAGGAUUAUUUUCCUGCUGUAGCACACUGACUCAAAUUAAGAUCCUACAUCUGUAGCAAUAUCAGCCACCACCAUCUGUUCUAUCUUGAUUCUCUUUCCAGCACUGUCCCCAAUGAUCAGUAUGGUUUUUUAACCACAAGUGGAAAUCCUCAGCAGCCCUUAAAAUGAGCUGGGCUGUAUCUGAAAUGACACCCUAUUGCUUAAAUAGUGCACUACUUUAGACCAGGGCCUAUGUAGAGAAUGAGGUGCCCUUUGGUAU